GUGAAUUCUUCAGCCUCAGCUCACGCUCCUCAGCCCCCUUUGAUGCCCCAGCCAUCAGGCUGCCCAUGCAACACGACCAAAUGAUCUACUUUGCGGUCUCUGAAUAUGUCUUCAACACGGCCAGCCGGGUCUACCAGCAGGCUGGGCACAUGAACUUCAUCAUUCGAAAUGAACACGUGAAGACACUAACAAAGAUGGUUAAUAACAAUAAGUCAGUUAAAAAGCAGUGGAAAGAGAACUGGAACCCGAGCUGUGUGACCUCCACGUCUGUACCACUCACCACUCUGCUGUCCUGCUUCUCAAGCAACUUCCUGCUUCACCUGCUGCAGCUUCCCCUGGACUCUCCAAUCUAUUUGCACACCAGUUGGUUCCAGGCGGUGAUUCCUCAGCUGACCAGGUUGUACCCCAACAUGGAGCUAGAGAUCGAGGCAUCACCUGAAUCAGAACCACUCCUGAUGUUCACCCCUGGAAAUGUGACCCUCACUCCAGUGAUGGAUAUCCAGGUCUUCGCUCUCCUGCCCAACUCCUCCGACCGCCAGCUCCUCUUCCAGCUCAGGGCGAAAACGCGCAUCUCUGUCACCAUCAAUGUGAACUCCAGCAGGAUUGUCGGCUCACUGACCACGGGAAGUAAGCUGAAACUCGAACUGAAACACUCCAACAUCAGUCACUUCAAUGUGGAGUUGCUGGAAGCCAUCUUCAACUACUACGCAGUCAACAUCGUAUACCCCUCUGUCAACGCAAAGCUUGAGGAGGGCUUCCUGCUCCCUCUCCCAAGGAACACUUACCUCAAUAGCUUGGAGCUCCAGAUUCACAAGAACUUCCUGCUCUUAGGUGCCAAUAUUGAUUGGGCCGAAGACUGAGAAGGAACCAUGGUUGGAGUGGACCUGCCCAAAUGUACAAAGGUCUAAACCCUGCACCAGAAUGGCCUCCUCUCAUGACCCCCUCUGCCUGGACACUAGCCACCAAGGAACCUAUGACAUCUGAAGCCAUACCUGUCCAUAGGACACCUUCCCCACCCUUCUCCCUAUUCUCCUCCUCCCACAUCUCUGUGUUCUCUGUAGCUGUCCUCAGCCUUACUCUGGGGAGCUCAGCCUGGGCACUUCCUAGUCUGGCACUAGAAUAACUUCCGUAAAGAAAAAACCACGACCAAUGGCUGGGGACAUGUAGCCCCAGACAUCCUGCUCAACAUUUAAGUUCAUAGACCUUAAUGUUCAUGUCAUUUGAUGUCAUGGUAAGGAGGCCAAUAAUCAGAAGUGGGCUCAAAACCUCAUUCUCCUAUUGUUACGUAGCAUUUCUUGAGAUGAAGCCAGCCAAAAGGCCACCCAGUCUCUGCAUGGGUUACAUGGGGGUGUUGGAAAAGUCAGGAUGCAUUUUUGUGUAGAGAAACGUGACUUUUCCAACAACCCAAAAGAUUUGUUUAGUAAACCUAGAUUUUGAUUUUUAAAAUGAUUUUCCUUUAUUAGCGUCUGUCUCGGCUUGAUGCUAAAGUCAGAGUCUGAAAGUAUGUGGUCCCAAAAAAUAAAUGAAGAAAAAAAAAAGUAUGAUCUCUGCCUUCAUCAAGCUUACAGUAAAAAACAGGGGCUGAGGGCCAGGAGAUGGUUAUAGCAGU